AAAAAAAUAAAUUUCUAAAAUUUCGUUUUAAAUUUUGUUUCGACUUGAAAGUAACUGGUCGGAACGAACUAAUCCGAAAUUAUACUUCCUGCAAUUUUACUUUUCACCAAAUUUAGUAGGUAUUUAUGUACCUACCAACCAUAUAUUAUUAUUAUUUAUAUUCUCUUUAACACUCUACUGACCGCAUACUUGUCAAAAUGUAGGUGAAAUAUUAUCACCGAACUUCAGCAUACCAUAAAUAACCAAUCAUUACAAUACUAAAUACUUUCAUGACAAUUUUCUAUAAGCCUCCUUCCUCAAUAUCAAUAUUCCUCAAGCGUGUUGCAUACGCACACGAAAUAUUUUAGUCUAAAAAAAAUCGCUGAAGAAAGUGUUUCCUUUAUAAUAGCAGUAUAUAUAGUAAAGGGUACCUAAAACAAUCAUUACUUUAAUGUGAACCAGAGGUGCGAACAAAUGGGGAAAGUCGUGGUAUAUCUUUUGUGCAUAGGGGUCGCUCUAGCAAGUCCCACCACUAAAAAUGAUGACUUUCAAGGAUUAGACAGUCUUUUAAAAUUUGGUUCUGAUGUCGAUAUCAGAAGCAAUGUUGUGGAAACUGGCAGAAGUGAUAGUGGUGACAUAGAAGAUAAAAUUGAAAAUUAUAUUAAAAACCAUGAUGUUACGUUCGAUUUACCGGUGAUUGGAUCAAAAGUUACUUUGGAAGGCAAAAAUUUGGAUAACGAUGAGUUUGAUAUUAAAUUGAAAUUUGGUAGCGAAGUUCAAGCUCGCAAGAAAAAAUCCAAACUGAAGAAAAUGUUCGUACCAAUUCUGGUCUUCAUCGUCAUCAAAGCCAUGACUCUCAUCCCAUUGGCGUUGGGAAUCUUGGGAAUUAAAGCAUGGAACGCUACUCAGUUGUCGUUUAUAUCGUUCGUCUCAUCUUUAGCAAUGGCUAUUUGGAAACUUUGUUCCAAAGUAAGCCAUGAGCCUCCACAGGUCAUCCAUCAAUCGUACGAUCCACAUCUGCAUCAUUUUCAUGAUAGACAGGAUGCUGGAGUACAACAGAUGGCGUACUCUGGAUACCCGCAGCAGUGAUGGAAUAUUUUGAAUUGCA